CCGGAUCGAGCUUAGCCGACCCUCCCCUCGCUUCGCCGCACGGCACAAAAAGCACAGCGCCAGCCGCGUUGCCCUCCUCCCCUCCACACGUCUCCCCCCAAUCCGCAACCCUCGCCGCCGCCGACGCAGCGCGCCCUCCUCGUACGACCACCGCCUCCGGAUAAUCCACGCGCUUCCUCCGACCCUGCUUCGCUUCGCGCGGCGGCGGCGCGCGCAGCAGCACAGGCAGGGGCCAGGGGGCGCGGCGCGGCGAGGAGAUUCAUGGCGGCGGCCGUGCGGGAUUCCGCGGGGCACGUGGGGAUGGACGAUGAUCGCGACGGCUGGGCGUCGGACGGCGAGAUGGACGUGGACAUGGCGGAGGCGGCGGACAGCGAGUCCCAGCAGCACGGCCGCGGAGACGACGCCGACGACCGGAGGAGGGACGGCGACGGCGAGGAGGGCGACGACGAGUACGCGCUGGUCGGUACCUCGUUCCUUGCCGUGCUUGGUGCUCACUAGGAUAACUGAUACAUCGGCAGCUGAAGCAAGGGCAGGAAAGGAUAUACAAGGUAUACCAUGGGGGAGGUUAGAAAUAAACAGACAGGAUUACAGGAAAGCUAGGUUGGAACAGUACAAGAACUAUGAAAACUUCCCUCAGUCAGGAGAGCUCAUGGACAAGUUGUGCAAGCAAGUGGAGAGGAACAGCAAGUAUUAUGAAUUUCAGUACAACACUAGAUUAGUGAGACCAUCAAUUCUCCAUUUCCAGCUUCGGAAUUUGUUAUGGGCAACUUCAAAGCAUGAUGUCUAUUUCAUGUCAAAUUCCACAGUAGGCCACUGGUCAUCAUUGUCUCAUAAAAAGUCAGAUAUUCUCGAUUUCUCAGGGCGUGUUGCUCCAGCACAGAAACACCCUGGCAGUUUAUUGGAAGGGUUCACUGGGGUUCAAGUUAGCACACUUGCAGUGAAUGAGGGUUUAUUGGUUGCUGGCGGUUUUCAAGGAGAACUAGUAUGCAAGAGUUUGGGGGACCGUGAUGUUAAGUUCUGUGCAAGGACUACUUUGAGUGACAAUGCUAUCACAAAUGCAAUCGACAUACACAGAUCUACAAGUGGAUGCUUGCGCAUCACGGUAGCGAAUAAUGAUUCUGGUGUUCGUGAAUUCGACAUGGAAAGAUUUCAGCUCUUGAAUCACUUCCGUUUUAACUGGCCAGUGAAUCACACAUCCGUGAGCCCGGACAGGAAACUUUUGGCAGUAGUUGGAGAUGACCGGGACGCUCUUCUUGUUGAUUCACGGAAUGGGAAGGUAGCUUCUACCCUAGUCGGUCAUCUGGACUACUCAUUUGCCUCAGCGUGGCACCCGGAUGGUGUCACCUUUGCGACCGGAAACCAGGACAAGAGCUGCCGGGUAUGGGACAUCCGGAACCCGUCGACCUCCCUUGCCAUCUUGAGGGGCAACAUUGGUGCAAUCCGGUGCAUCCGCUACUCCUCUGACGGGCAGUUCCUAGUCUUCUCAGAGCCGGCCGACUUUGUGCACGUCUACAGCACCGCUGCAGGCUACAGGAAGCGGCAAGAGAUCGACUUCUUUGGUGAGAUCUCCGGGGUCUCGCUCAGCCCAGACAAUGAGUCCCUGUUUGUCGGGGUGUGUGACCGCGUCUACGCCAGCCUGCUGCGUUACAGGAUGGUCCACUCCUACGGGUACCUGGACUCAUACAUGUAAGAGAAGGAAAGAAAACCUGGUGUGUUAAGUUGGGUGUUCAUGUGAAGAAAGAGCUGCACAUGAGGAGCCCUGUUCAUGGGGUCGAUGUGCGACCGUGUCGAAGCCAGACUGCUAUGUUACAGGAUGAUCCGGACCUCGGGGCACCUGGACUCGUUAAAUGAUAGUGAUAUAGAGAACGAAAGCUUGGUGCUAAGUUUAGGGUUCAUGUAAAGGAAGAGCGGAAUUGCUAAAAAUCUGCUGAAGUGUUGUUUUAAGUGAAAAAUCAGUCCGAAAUUGAGAUAGCCUUCAUCGCGCGCUGGCUGUGCGCUGGAGUUGAGUUUCAGUGAUUGGCUCGAAAUAGAGCAUCCGAGUUAGUUUGGUGCUAUCCAUGGAUAUGUGUGAUGAAGAUGCUACACCCAGGUUAACCCGGAUAAUAAUUCCUCCGUCUCAUGUUAAGCGACUCAAGUUUGUCUAACUAUGAAUGUAUCGAAAGUCUGUAAUUGAAAGUCACUUAACAGGGAA